CAGCAUUGCACGACACUUUUGCCCCGCCACGUGACGCACAAAUUUCGAAAACCAUCUGGGCUCGAAUUCGACGGAGCACUUCCCACGAACCUGCGACCGAACACACAGCACAGACAAUAUCGAGGCGGUAUCCUCGAAAUCAUUGCCCAAGAUGUCUCUGGUGUCCGGCGAGAAGAGCAACUUCAACCACAUCUUGCGUCUGCUCAACACCAACGUUGACGGCAAGCAGAAGGUCGUUUACUCCUUGACCAAGAUCAAGGGUGUCGGUCGCCGCUACUCCAACCUCGUCUGCAAGAAGGCCGAUGUCGACCUGAGCAAGCGUGCCGGUGAGCUCACCUCUGAGGAGCUUGAGCGCAUCGUCACCAUCAUGCAGAACCCCACUGCCUACAAGAUCCCCGCUUGGUUCCUCAACAGGCAGCGCGAUAUCGUUGACGGCAAGGACUCUCAGAUCCUCGCCAACGGUGUUGACUCCAAGCUCCGUGACGAUCUUGAGCGCCUCAAGAAGAUCCGCGCCCACCGCGGUCUCCGUCACUACUGGGGCCUCCGUGUUCGCGGUCAGCACACCAAGACCACUGGCCGCCGCGGUCGUACCGUCGGUGUCUCCAAGAAGAAGGGCAACUAAAUCUGUGCGGGCAUAUUCGGCGCUGCUUUUUCUGGGUUAUUGGUGGUGUUAUUCCAAGACGGGCAGUCAUGGACACCUGGGACUGAAUUGUUUCGCCUUGCGCGUAUCUGGAUUCUAGGUAGCCUAUGGCUAAUGGGGGAACUCGCAUAAUGGAAGACACAUCAUUGACAGCAUGACAAUAAACGGCGUGGAUAUGGAAAAUGAUUUACUGGCAUUUUUAUUCGGUCUCUAUGGACGUGAAACACGCAAAUCCAUUAAAUCCAUUGCCUAAAACAACCCACUAUGAUUUUCGAUGCCAUAACGCCCACCCCAUGUAUGUGACCAAGACCACCAUAGACGAAGACCCAGAGAGUAUCAGCCAGUUAAAUCGAGAAACGAAGUCAUGGCUUUAAUCUUCGUGAGUGACGGCCAUAUCCAGGACCUCUACUCUUCCCUGUCCCUUGGUUUCGCUUCCGAUGAAGUCAGACAAGAUUUUAAAAGCACCGGGCUCUACGAAGCCCACCAGUUCCCACUCUUGGCCCAUGACAUCUUGGCUCUCAACCUGCUCAACGAAGCUGAGAAUCUUGUCCUUGACCGUUCCGGGUGCCUUCUUCUCUCC